AUGACUGUGAUCCUUUUGAUUUCUGUUGCCUCCAUUGCCAAAAACCUUUGUGAUUCCAAUCCGUGUGACAAUUCAUCUACAACAUGUAAAGCUGCAGCCGGCACUUUCACAUGCAGCUGUGUAGAUGGCUACAUUAACACGGAUUACAGUGACAGAUUAUGCCUGGCAUGUCCCCCUGGUCAGAGGGCUGUGAACAAUGAUUGUAAACCAUGUGACUUUGGUCGUACUGGCUUCAACUGCGAGGAUGAACGGUUGUUGAUCGUUGUGAUUGUUUCCUCUGUCCUCGGAUUCCUGCUGGUCCUCACGUUAAUCGCUCUGCUAGUGGUAGUGAAAAAAUUUAAGAGGACUAAAUUCUUUAGGACCAAACAGGAGAACAUUAGGAAACCGUUCCAAAUCCCAUCUCUUGGCAAAGGCCCACUGUUCAGCAUCAGCAAUGGCUAUUACACCUGGCUUAAAGAGCCAGUAAGCAGCCCAGCAAAUUCUGGGGCCCCACAAAUCCCAGGGGCCAACAAUGGGGACAUCCUGGAGAUGACUCAGCGGAACAACAAGGAAAUCUCAGCAUUUGAUGACAACCAAGUUGACAUGGUGUCAUUUUCCCAGAGUUAACUCAAGAAGAACCGCAAUGUCCAGAACUGAGACAUGAAACCUUACGCUCAGAUCCAAGACCAGAGGGAAGAGGGAAGCUGAAUCACUUCAGGGGUUCCUAUAGCGGUGUUUUUCCACAAACACUGUAA